AUGGAAGCAAUGAAUUAUGAAUGGGAUAUUAAAUGGUAUCAAUCAAUGCCAAUUGAUCAUUUCAAUUAUCGAAAUUUGGAUACAUUUGGUCUUAAGUAUUUAGUAAAUUAUUCCUAUUUUAAUUGUGAUGGACCGUUAUUUUUCUAUGCUGGUAAUGAGGGAGAUAUUGAAACAUUUGCGCAAAUGACGGGUAUUAUGUGGGAUUUAGCACCACUAUUCAAUGCUGCUAUCGUAUUCGCAGAACAUCGAUACUACGGUGAAUCGCAACCAUUUGGAAAACGAAGUUAUAUGGAUGUUUUACGUUUGGGAUAUUUGAAUGAGAUCCAAGCAUUGGCUGAUUUUGCGGAAUUGAUUUCAUUUCUAAAAACUGAUCAAAAAGAACUUGGCUUUUGUCCGAUGGGUACCGAAAUACCGGUUAUCGUAUUCGGUGGUUCAUAUGGUGGCAUGCUUGCCGCAUGGUUACGUAUGAAAUAUCCACAUAUUGUAGAUGGAGCUUGGGCAUCAUCAGCACCGUUAAGAAUUUUCUAUGGAACAGGUAUAAAUCCAGAAAGUGUGAGUAGGACAAUAACAACUAAUUAUUUAACAAGCGGAUGUGAUCGGAAAGUAUUUUCAGAUGGAUUCGUUGCAAUUGAGAAAAUGUCAAAAACAGAAGAAGGUCGAAUGAAAUUAAAUCGAAUAUUUCAUGCAAAACCAGGUUUUGAAAUGAAAAGCUAUAAUGAUUUUAUGAGUCUUUAUUCAUAUAUUUAUUCUGCUAUUUUUUACAUGGCUAUGACUGAUUAUCCAUAUCCGGCUGAUUUCUUCGAACCUUUACCCGGUUAUCCGGUUAAGUAUGUCUGUCAAUAUGCUAAAAAAGCUGCAACAAAUGAGGAAAAUUUGGCUGAACAAAUAUACAGUAUUAUCAAUGUUUACUACAAUUAUACAGGACAACUUACUGAUAACUGUUUCACAAGCAACUGUACAACACCGUCACCAAUCCAAAAUGAUGACGAAGAUAUUGCAUGGAAUUGGCAGUCCUGUACCUCAUUGACAAUACAAAUUUGUGAUCGAGGUGGUGAUAAUGAUUUCUUUCUGAAUACUUGUGAUAAUUCCGGUGAUCCAGUCAGUACAAAUAUUAAACUUUGCACAGAAUUAUUCAAAGAUAUUGGUUAUAAUAAUAAUUUCUACAAACUUCAUGAUGUAACAAUACGCUAUGGAAUGAUAUAUAAUACUACAAGUAAUAUUAUAUUUUCGAAUGGUAACUUAGAUCCAUGGUCUGCUGGUGGUGUUUAUGAAAAUUCACCUGGUAUUAUGGAAGCUAUGAAAAAUGGUGUUUAUAUUUUUUAUAUGUUAGGUGCAGCGCAUCAUCUUGAUUUCCGUACACCCAACACGUGUGACCCACCAUCUGUGACACAUGAACGAUUCCAGGUUGUAAAUAUAAUAAAAUGCUGGGUUUAUAAAAAUUGUACUAAACUACCACGACCAAUUCCAUUAUCGGAUAAUGCCAAUUGGCAAAUACCAAAUGAUUGUCAAUUUAUCGAACACGGCUAUCCAUGGGGAUAUACGAAGAAAAGCCGGAAACUAAUAAGUUCUACCUUAUUCACCUUAGUGACGACAACAUUCACUAUCUUCACUAGUUACCACAUCGCUUGA